UUUACUCUCAGAUCGCGCAGGAGCUUCACGAUGACAUAGUGGCCACCGCGCCGGAUGACAGCGCUGACGCGAAAGCGAUCGUUUCGGCGAAUAAGCUCAACACGAUGCUGAGCGAUGCACUAUUAACUCUGGCUUUCAAGACUGUGACUGACACAGCAGACGUAAGGGUUCUGGAGCUGUUCUCACGAAGCCUGGAACGCUUUUCGUCUUCGUACUUCGACGACAAGGAGAAGACAGAUGCUGCUGACUGUACACCGAUCAUGCAGCAGUGGUCCCGCUACCAAGUGUACAACACGGAACCGCUGGCCAACGCGUUCGAGUGCUGGCAGCUCCUGGCGGGGGCCAACGCAGAGGAGCUUUCUGCAGCAAGGCAGUGCGGCAACGACCUCGCCCUCGCUAUCCAGGCCAUAAAAGAACUGGAUCUUUUCUUAAACCGCGAACGGCAUGGUCCGCUUGGCGACCCGCGAUCGCUUCCUGCAGUAUUAGCGAAUGCAGGGUCGAACAAGGAUUCUGAAGUACGGCGACAGUGCGGUGGCCCAAGAAGCGAGGCGGAUGCAGAAAAGAGUCAAAGAGAACAGCGAUGCAUCGUGGACGGAAUGAUCGGAGUGAUUCAAGGGCUGACAGACGGAGUGCUCGGGUACGUGGCUGACUGCGAGGCAUCCGAGGCAUCUGAAGCAUUGCGAGACAUCGCCUCCGCGCUAAGGAUCGAACACGUGAUUAUGCCCACAUAGAUAUGAGCUUACAAUCGCUCUCAGUAUUCAUGCGGAACGCUCCGGGUCGCAAGUGACAUGGCCCCUCGAUUGAUAAGCCGCAUAGCUUGACGUCAUGAGAAUGCGAGAGCGUUGCUGUCACUGCACGUGCAGACCCUUCCCCCCCCCUCAAAAAAUAAUAAUAAAACACGCAUACAACCUACUUACGACCUACCCGAUUUUUGACCAAUCCCCCAGAGUGGGUACGUGCCGGUAGGUCACAAAGAUCUACAUCUACUACGUACUUCUACGUUCUUCUCAAGUGCUUACGUGUUAUUAUGAUAUCUCCAGCGGCAUCCAGAAACAUUCAAAAGGUAAGCGCACUGAUGGUGAACCACUGCACAAUGAUGACCACGCCUACAUCUGCGCAACACGCUAGGAGCUCAUAGUACAGGGAUAUCAUUCUCGACGUCGUCAAAUUCUGCCAUAGUGUCGGAUUUGCCAUCUUCUCAGCUAUGAGUGGCCCAGAGGCCUACUAUAUAUAGGGGCCCUCUGAUUAGGCGAUUCGACAAUAUGGCAGAAUCUGAUGAUGUGAGGAAUACUAGUACCAUUGAUCCAAAUUUGAGCCUCGAUUCCUUCACCUUGGCGCUCGCGGAAGGAAUCUUCGAUGUGCAGAAAAAUAUUUUUGGAAGGGCUCAUAAAGUAGUAACCACAUUAUGAUUUCAACUACGCACACGCACAAAUGCACUGCACUGUGUAAGUUAGCAGAGCGAGGAUGCAUUGUAGUUCAUAAGGACAAUUAAUCGGAACAACUUUGAGAAAUGUAAAACCUUUUACAUACGCUUGCAUGACAGCAUAACAGGUCAGACGUAAUCCGUCACUCAAAAACAAAGGGCGUCUGGCACAGUAGCAAUUCAGCUCAUAAUAUAUAAGUAGAAUGCAGAAACAUUCUAAAGGAGGAAUUAGCAGUACUUCGCGAUUGCACUCUAAGAACAGUUUACACCCUUUGGAGUGCCCCUUCUGCCACACAACAAUAAUCGUCACCUGCCUUGAUGAGUUUCCUUUCUUUAACGCUACGAGCCCGGUACUUUCCAGUAACGAACGGCAUG